GGGGAGAUCGGGGAGAUCGCCAUCAAGAUCCCUUCGGAUGCGCGCGCAUCCGGCGUUCUAUGCCAUUUUAAAGCCGUCGACGAUUCCUCGGCGGAGCGUCAAGCGCAUGCGAGGACCACGCUGGCUGAAACCUGAAGCGAGAGCCCGCUCCAACGUCGUUCGCAGUUCUGCUCAGCUUUAGAAAGUUGUUUUUACCACCGAACAAACGCGUCCUGCAUGCAACGUGCGCGCCGAGCGAAUCGCUGCUCGACGAGUCCUCGUUGGAGACAUACGGGACACGUGGUUGCCGUCUUCUUCGUCGGCCCAUGGAGCCCGGCGACUCGAUGACGCCGGAAAUGGAGGCAUCCGGCGAGGACAUCAUGCUGAUGGAGACCGUCAAGAGUAUGGUGACGCGCGAGAGGCCCAACGAGUCGGAGGGAACCGACGAGGACCUGUUCCUCAUCUCGCAGGACCAGAUAGUGCAGUAUCCCGGGGAGACGGUGGCUCCGUCGCGGAUCGCGAUCGAGUGGAUGCACCUCUGCAGGAUAUGCGCCAACGCGAGCGACCGCAUGGUGCCCAUCUUCGAGGGUGACGGGGUGGCGCAUGACUUGUCCAGCAAAAUACUCAAGUACUUGCCGAUACACGUCUCCGGGAGCGACACCCUGCCGUUGCAGCUCUGCGAGAAUUGCGCCAACAUCCUGAUAGCCUGGCACGCGUUGAGCGAGGGGUGUCUGAGCGCGCAGAGAAAGCUGCUGGAGCUGCAGGAGACGCAACUGCGAGAUAAGCAGCAGUACUACAAUCCUACUUCCUUGGAUAAUUUAGAAGUCACCACGCCGAUGCUUACAAUAGCCAGCACGACCAUUGCGUCUAAUAUCACAAACUUAUCGCCGAAUCAGCAGGACAGUGACAAAAACGAAGUUCACGAUACCGUAAAGAAUAAUAAGUCCGACAGAGUGAAGAAUGAGAUCGUCAUCCUUGAUCGGAUAAUCGCCCACACUUAUUUCCGACAGAUGUAUAAAGUCGCAGAGCACAGGAAUAAAGUUAAUCCAAUUCAAACUAAAACAUCCAAUGUAACCGAUGGAAACUCGGGCAGUAUUUCUUCUCCCGCAGAUAAUAUAGAUAACAAUAAACUAACCGAACAUUUGUCUCCCACAAGUACAUCUUCCAAUAUAUCAAAUAAAUUGACAAAUGACAAAAAGAAGAAAAGUUUAGACGACAAAGACUCUAAUCCUGCUAGUCAAACACGAGCAAGUUGCAUGAAAAGGACGAAAGCUACGCGAUGUAUACAGCAAGAACACGCGGCGGCAGGGAUCGAGUCGAAUGAACAUCUAGAGAAGAACGUCGAACAGUUCGAGGCCAAGAAGACCGUAUGCACCAGCCCGCCGAUGGUCUGCAAAUUUUGUAACAAGAAGUUUCGUUCGCGGAAAAGCUACUGGGCCCACAUACGCACGCACUCGGGCGAGAAAUCAUACACGUGCCACAUUUGCGGAAAGCAAUUCGUUCAGGGCGGUAGUCUAUAUUAUCAUCUGAAACACGUACACGACGGCGUAAAGAAUCACACCUGCGAUAUAUGCGGCCGCAGCUUCGCCAUGAAAACCGCCAUGGAGGACCAUCGACGUAUCCAUACCGGUGAACGCCCAUACGUGUGCCACACUUGUGGCAAGACGUUCAAGACCAAGGCAUCGCUCUACAUACACAGCAAGAUCCAUACGGACGAGUUUCCGUACAAGUGUACCUAUUGCGCCAAAAGGUUCCGCUGGAGGCAGCAGAUGCUGAGUCACCUGACAGUGCACACGGGUGAGAAAAAUCACACGUGCGACGUAUGCGGCAAGGGUUUCGGUGUGAAGAACGACCUGACCAGGCACAAACGUGUCCAUUCUGAAGAAAAGCCGUACACGUGUCAGCAAUGCGGUAUCAGUUUCGGCCAGAAGCGUUAUCUCAAAAGUCACGAACGCUUAAAGUUAGGGACGUGUAGAUUCUCGCAAAAUUCAAAUCGAAUUGAGUCCGAUUAUGAUUUAAGUUUCGUGCACACAUUUCUGGAUCUAAAAAUGCACGAGACAUACAUUCGAAAAUAUUUCUACGGACACCCCGCGGAGAUGCAUCGGGUCCUCAGCUUUCAGAUGACCCGCAAUAUCGACGAGUCCAGCGAAUACGUGACGAAGCGACUGUGCUUCUCGUUUCUCUUCUCGGUCGGCUUCCUGUGUCUCCUCUGCGGCUUUCUGCUGGGUCGCUUCGCCGUUGAGAGAUCGCUGGAGACCCAGGCGCAGAAAGCGCGCGGCGAACUGGCCGGAAAUGGUCUCCGGAACACGGAGUACCUUCAGCAACUGGCGCUCCUGGAAUUGAAUAGGCCGCCGCUCGACUACGAUCGCACGACAAAUCGGCAGACGUUGGAUGACAAUCUGCGACGCAUUAGUGGGCACUUUUCCAACUUGUCGUUCGUUCACAAGGUGUUCACGCAUGCAUCGUGCAUUCGCGCGACUGUCCGCGGUUCACGAGAACCAGAUAGAUAUAUUAUCUUAUCCGUUAACGAGGACGGUAUCGCCGUAGCUCUGGAAUUGGCGCGAGUCCUUAACAGAAUUUCUUCUCAGCAUGAUUGGCGGCCACGACGAAGUCUGGUAUUCUGCGUGUCCCUUGUGUCCUCGGACGUUUGUCCGCAGGCUCUACCUGCAUUCAUGUGGCGAAAGGUCGUGGCUUACGUCAGAGUGCACGGUCGUUUCCAGCGAGAGAACCAUCUGAUUUCAGCCAACAAUCACGCGGCUUUGUUCGGCUCGGACGUCAUGCGAUUCGUAGCCGUCGAAGCCAUCAAGACAAUCCCCGGCGACAGUAACUGGACAUACCUCGAGCACGAAAUAUUUGGUCCCCGCCUUCCUCUCGAUAUUCCGCAAGUGAUAUUUUCGUUCAAUGAUAAUAAUCUUGCAUACAGUCAUCACAAUCAAAAUUCCCGACUGCACGACGUAACUCUGGCACAGAUGAUUAGCCAAACUGUAUGGCGACUGUCCGAGAGUACAGUUAUUCAAUGGGAGCCAAGGUAUUUUAAUGAAACCGUCAACAGGUUAUUGAAUUCGAUCGACGCCAGCAGAUUUCAAGACGCGAAGGAGAAGUUGACGAGAACGUUCAAAGUGCUGCUCGCAGCCGUGAAGGAGCUGAAUGUAGAAAUCGACGCGACAGAUAAUAGCCAGAUGCUGCGUGUGAGGAUAUGGAACGAUCUGCUUCUGGAUCUGGACAAGGCGCUCCUAUGCCCUGACGAAAUCGAUUCGCACUCCAGAACCGAUCUAGCGACAUUUCGCGAAUCUAUCGACGAAUCUACCAUGUUAGCCUAUCUCGACCAAAUAACAGAAUGUUACGAGGAUGCUAUACAAGUUCUGCAGGAAAGAUAAGAAUGGAUAAGGAGAAGCUCCGAUAAAAGACAGGGUGCGAAAGUCUUCAGAAUAUAUAUAACGAUUAUAAAUUGUUACAAGGCACACACUUCUUGCUGUGACAAUAUAUAUGUGUAUUUUUCAUUAUUUUUUUUAGUCUCUUUUGGUUUCCUACGCAAAGCAAUGUAAGUGACAAAACGAGUUAAAUUAGGCCAGUAUUUAUAGUCGGAUCUUACAUUUAACACCGAAAAAUAAAGAUACGUUCUUUAUUUACUAUUUGUCAAAUACGAAAACUUAAACGAGUAAAAUU